AUGCCUCCAAGAACUAUACACGACACCAUGAUGCCGGAAGCGAGAGGGCUACGAUACGACGAAUGUGAAAUGGCUCUGUUUCGGGCCAAACUCUCGUAUCAUGCCACCAUUGACGAGCGACUGGCGGCCAAAAACCCAAACCUUACAUCCAUUGCCGAUGCCCAAGCUCGAAUACUCAAACUCUGGGAAAUACAAAUGCAGAAGGGAAGAGAUAUGGCAGGUCGGGACGAGAGUCGCUCUGCAAACGACGUGAGGGCAAUGGCACAAUAUGAUUGGAGGUACAAAACCCUGGAAAAUGCGGCGAUGAAGGCCACUGGGAAAUGCUAA